AGGCUUACUUACAUAGCAAUAAAAUAAUCUUUUACAAUGAAACCAAAUUAAAAAAAAAGACAAAUGGAAUAAAAACACGGAGGAGAGGGAUUUCUUAUGUACUGCGUCUCCAACGCUCCUCUCCACCAUUUUCUCUUCUUACAAGCUUCCCCAGAGACGACUUUUCCCUGAUUACCCAAACAUAUCCGCUUUUGUGCUUCAUCCUCUGAGUGGUUCUCAGUGCUUUCAAAAUAAAAGAUGAGUAAAGUUAACAGUGAGGAAUCUUCUAGUAACCAAAAGUUAUUGAAGGAGGUAGAGACGAUAGGUGAAGCUCUGUACGUGAACAAGAAUCCUAGGAAGAGCUCAGCAUCUGGUCCUACUAACAACACUUCAACAAAGCCCUUGGGUCGUACCACCCACUUAGCUGAGCCUCAGAAGGAAAAGAAGUCCUUUUGGAACUGGCCUCUCAGAGCCCUUUCUCACGUCCGAAACCGACGGUUCAACUGUUGUUUCUUUGCACAAGUCCAUUCUAUAGAAGGCUUACCGCCGAUAUUCCAGGAUCUUUACCUCACGGUUCACUGGAAACGUCGCGAUGAGGCUUUAACCACUCGUCCUGCAAAAGUUUUGAACCGAAGAGCUGAGUUUAAGGACAAGCUGACGCAUACGUGCUCGGUUUACGGAAGCAGGAGUGGACAGCAUCACUCGGCUAAGUAUGAAGCGAAGCAUUUCUUGCUGUAUGCGUCUCUGGUUGGGUCUCCUGAGGUUGAUCUGGGGAAACAUCGGAUGGAUCUUACUAGAUUGCUUCCUCUAACGCUUGAGGAGUUGCAGGAUGAGAAGAGCACGGGGAAGUGGUCGACGACGUUUCAGUUGAGUGGGAAGGGUAGUGGUGCUACUCUGAGCAUGAGUUUUGGGUACACUGUUGUUGGGGAUACUCGCAGUGCUUCAAAUGCAAAGCAAGCUAGCAAUAAUAUCACAGGGUUGACAAGGAGUACUAGUACGAAGUCUAGUUUAGGGAAUGGCAAUAAGUCUGUAUCUCGGCGUUACGAUCAUGGUGUUGUUAACAAAGACUCUCGUACUCUGUCCGAGAAUGUGGAGGAAAUUAAAGAUCUUCAUGAGGUUCUUCCCGUUGCACAAUCUGACUUGGCCAGUUCUGUGAACAUUCUGUAUAAAAAAUUUGAUGAGGAGAAGGUGGAUCCAGCAGCUGAGUCUCAGUUCGAAUUUGAGGCUGUCACUAAACACAUUAGACCUGUUGAGUCAAUCUCUGAAGAUGCAAAUCCAACCGAGAAGCGUUUGGUAAACAGGAAUGGAACUGAUGUUCCUUUAGAGGAUGUUAAAAAGGCUGACGAAGUUGGUAUUGAAAAUUUACCUCCAGAAGAGCCUUUGGUGAAUAGGAAUGAAACUGAUGUUUCUUUUGAGGAAUCGAAGAUAGUUGGCGAAGUUCCAAUUGAUAGAAGUGAGGAAGUUGUUGAGAUUGGUACAGAAGAUUUGUCUCCAGAAGAGGGGAGCAAUGUUUCUCCAAAAGAAGAGGAGAGUAUUGUUCCUCGGGAUGAUGAAGAGGUAAUGAACGGUGGGAGAGACGUGAAAGAAAUGAUAAUGAAAGAUCUUGAGUCAGCUUUGAAAAAUGUAGAAAUGUUGGAAGCAACAGCGUCAGACGACGACGAGGAAGAUCAAGAAGACCGUGGAGGCUCAGAAACAUCCUUUAGAACACCAAAUAAGGAAGCAGCAGCAGCAUCAAGUUCGAGAGAUGUGGCAAGCGAGUUCCUAGACAUGCUAGGUAUUGAACACAGUCCUUUUAGUUUGAGUUUUGAGAGGGAACCUGAGUCUCCAAGGGAGCGCUUGUUAAGAGAGUUUGAAAUGGAAACUCUAGCGGCCGGUUCUUUGUUUGAUUUGGGUACUGAAUCUGAUGAUCCACAAAUGGAAUGUGAUGAAGACUUCUCAGAAGAGAAUGAAUCAGAAGGUUUCGAUCUGGCAUCCCUAGUUCAUGAUAUAGAGGAAGAGUACCAGUUGGAAACUCAAGCAAGAGUCAGCAACCCCAGGGCCAAAACGUUGGAAGACUUGGAAACAGCAUCUCUAAUGCGUGAGUGGGGUAUGAAUGAAAACACUUUUCAGAACUCUCCGCCUCACAAUGGUCGUAAUACGUUUCCUCCAGCACAGGAGCCAUUUGAUUUGCCUCCUCUAGGAGAUGGCCUUGGUCCUGUUGUGCAGACAAAGAACGGAGGGUUCUUGCGUUCAAUGAAUCCCUUACUAUUCAGAAACUCUAAAUCCGGAGGGAGCUUGAUCAUGCAAGUGUCAAGUCCAGUGGUGGUGCCUGCUGAGAUGGGCUCUGGUAUCAUGGAGAUACUUGAGAAACUAGCCACUGCUGGUAUUGAGAAGCUCUCAAUGCAGGCAAAUAAAGUAAUGCCUUUGGAUGAUAUAACAGGGAAAACUAUUGAAGAGUUGUUGUGGGAUGCUUCACCUGCAAUUGACGGUGGUAACAGGGAUCAUAUCUCACAGCAUGAAUCUGGUUUUGGGAGUGGAGCAUCAUCUGCAGCUACUUCAAAAAAGUUUGGUUCAAGCUCUAGCAACAACAACUCUGGCUCGGAGUAUGUAUCACUUGAAGAUCUUGCUCCUUUGGCUAUGGACCAGAUUGAAGCACUUUCAUUAGAAGGGUUGAGAAUACAAUCAGGCAUGUCAGAUGAGGAUGCACCUUCUGAAAUCACUGCACAAUCUAUUGGAGAGAUCUCAGCCUUCCAGGGUAAAAGCGGGUGCGUUGGUCUAGAAGGAGCUGCUGGUUUACAACUUCUGGACGUAAAGGAUGACAGAGAUGACGAUGAUGAUGGGUUAAUGAGUCUCUCCUUGACUCUUGAUGAGUGGAUGAAGCUGGAUUCAGGUGACAUUGGAGACGAAGAUGAAAUAAAUGAGCAGACGUCGAAAAUCUUGGCUGCGCAUCAUGCAAACCCACUGAACUUUAUCCGGAAAGGGGAGAAAAGAAAGGGGAAGAGAGGAAGGAGAUGUGGUUUACUUGGGAAUAACUUCACAGUUGCACUAAUGGUGCAGCUUCGAGAUCCGUUAAGAAACUAUGAGCCAGUUGGAGCUCCCAUGCUUUCUCUUAUCCAGGUUGAGAGAUUGUUUGUUCCUCCAAAGCCUAUAAUCUAUAGUACAGUUUCAGAGGUGAGGAAAACAGAUGAAGAGGAAACUGAGGUGGUCAAAGAAGAGAAAACCGUUUUGGAGGAACAAGGAAUCCCUCAGUACAAAAUCUCAGAGGUGCAUCUUACUGGUAUGAAGAGCGAGACUGAUAAGAAGCCAUGUGGAGUCAAGAGUCAGCAUCAGCAGGUGCAGUCUGGUUCAAGGUGGUUGAUGGCCAAUGGCAUGGGGAAAGGGAACAACAAGCUUCCUCUUAUGAAACCAAAACCGGGUUCUACAAAGGCUGGUGAUAAGUUGUGGAGUGUGUCUGGUUCUGGUUCUAAAUGGAAAGAGCUUGGGAAAGUGGGGAAGUGGAACACACACGUGCGGAAUCCGAAUGUGAUCAUGCCAAAAUGAAACAAGAACUAGUGUCUGGUUUGUGGUUUUUUUUUAUGCUAUGUAAAGGUAAUGUUAUGUGGUGUGAUGUGGUGAAUUGCCUAGGUUCAUGUUAUGUGGUACAGUUAAGAGAUCAAUGAGACGAACAAUAACCUUUGAACU